CUCCCAGACUGCUGAUCUAGCAGGCUCUGGUCCAACUCCAAAAAUCUCCUCUGACCGCUAAGUACCGUCAGCAAGCAUCUCAUUCAAUAAAAGAGUCGUGCAACUCGCUAUGAAACGCGAUCCAUGAUACAUAAAUCCCAAGUUUGCCUUCAAUCCCAAGAUUCUCAACAGCUUUGUCUAAAUCUGUCUAAAUGAUAUAGAUCUUCUCGAUGCUUGUCAUAUCGUUAACGUUGCCUACCCUUUCCUACCGUGUAACAAUCUAACCUUAUACCAUCAAAAAAACUAUUGAACUGUCUAUCCUGGUCUAUCCCUGUUUAUCCACUCUUUUCAUUUCUCGUCUCCUUCAACAGCUUGCUUGCAACACUCACGAAUCUUUCAAGUUACUAUCAGCUGCUCGACUCAGCUCGACUCCGGUCCCCAUCAGGUUCCCGUCAUGGUAAACGUGACCGUCGAUGAUAGUGCUUCUUCUGUGAUUUACUACCCCUCUGGGGCUUGGAAUGCGAGGAGUGCUUCGGACCCUUGCUCAACGUGUACUGCAAAUCCCGACGCGGAUAGGAUGUUCGACAAUACUUUUCAUGAUGGAACUUUCAAUCCUCUUUCUGGAAGUAACAACUAUCCGAACGUUCCCCUCACGGCCAGCAUAGUGUUCAAUGGAACUGCCGUAUAUGUUUACUGUGCACUCGCAGAGAGCUCAACUUCUCCCGACGGAGAUUCUGACAUGUCCUUUUACAUCGAUGGGUCUCUUAAGGGUACCUUCGUGAAGACUGCCCCAGGCAAUAACAAUGUAUAUGACUACGCCAUUCCCGUGUUUUCAAUCGAUUCUCUUUCUGUUGGAAUGCACAACUUCACCCUUCAAAAUGGGCAUGUCAAUGGUACCAAGUCCUUAGUGCUUCUAGACGAAAUCGUUUAUACAACUGUCGACGAUAUUUCUUCCACAUCCUCUUCUUCACAGUCCUCUACAACAAUAACCAGUGCAUCAUCUUCUGCUUCUCAGAGCUCUCCGGCUAGAGUCGACGACGCGAACUCGGCCAAGAAGAACAUGGGAGCCGUAAUAGGCCCCGCAGUUGCAGUGCCUAUUGUGGUUCUUCUACUUGCUGCACUUGGAAUAUGUUUCUUCCUCAAGCGAAGGAAACGACAACAGCCACAAGGGCAGAGAGCUACCAUAGACUCUCCUGGACCUGUAGCUGCUGCUUGGACGGUGAACCACCCAGCAUCACUCGGGCCUGGCGGUACCGCACUAUCUUCGCGCCAACAGCUCUUGAACACUGAACUCGAACAUCCUGAUUCAGCUGGUGCCAACCCCUAUAAUCCGUAUUCACCAACUCAAAUACAGUCCUCUGCCUAUCUGUCUUCUGUUAGUGGUAUUCAACCGGAUCCCGACGUUCAUAACACUUCCUCUGCCUACAUAUCUUCUGCCAGUGGUCCAACACAUGGUAUUCAUCCGGAUCCGGACGCUCAUAACACUUCGACCUCUGCCUCCUUCUCGAUGAUAGACGGUGAAUCGCCUCCAGCAUACGAUGACAGAUACCUUAAAGCAGGGGGCGCCAGCCUUCGUGUGAAGGAACGCAAACCCGCCAUCAUGAAUCGUUAGCAUCCGGUGUCUAUAAAUUAUGUAUUCUGGAAAACAGAUAUCAUCUAUAGCUUAGACUUUGUCGCUUCUUGAUGAUAUCGUGGAGAAUUCUGGAAACCAUCAUGUUCGAGGGUUCCAUUCGACAGGAUUUCGAUGGCGCCGACCCAAACGGUGGGCAAUUGUUGAGACCGCCUGAUAUCCGUAUACGCUUGUAUAACCUUAAUCCACAAACGGAGUUCACAAGAACACGAAAAGCCUGUUUCGUUUAGUAUCCCACAUCUUUUUUCGGUUUUCAAUAUGCAGCAAUAUACCAGAUAUGCCAGAUAAAAUUCUCUUACCAUCAUGUAACAAAAUGAUCAAGUGCCAUAACUUGGUAG